CGCCAUGGUAGCGGUCGGGCGCACAACUGGGCGGAGGGAAGAUGGCGGUGACUGGGUGGUUGGAGAGUCUGCGGGAUGCCGAGAAGACAGCCCUGCUGCAAGAUGGGAGAAGGAAGGUGCACUAUUUGUUCCCAGAUGGGAAGGAAAUGGCUGAAGAAUAUGAUGAGAAGACCAAGGAACUCCUCGUAAGAAAAUGGCGUGUAAAAAGUGCCCUGGGAGCCUUGGGCCAGUGGCAGAUUGAGGUGGGAGAGCCAGCACCCCGCGGAGCAGGGAACCUGGGGCCUGAACUCAUCAAGGAAAGCAAUGCCAAUCCCAUCUUCCUGCGCAAGGACACCAAAGUGUGUUUCCAGUGGCGGAUUCGAAACCUCCCCUACCCUAAGGAUGUCUAUAGUGUCUCUGUGGACCGGAAGGAGCGCUGCAUCGUUGUCAGAACAACCAACAAAAAGUACUACAAGAAGUUCUCCGUUCCUGACCUGGACAGACACCAGCUGCCGCUGGAUGAUUCUUUGCUGAGCUUUGCUUAUGCCAACUGCACCCUGAUCAUCUCUUACCAGAAGCCGAAGGAGGUCCUGGUGGCCGAAUCAGAGCUGCAGGAGAUGCUGAAGAAGGUAAAGGUGGCCCACAGCAGUGACGGGGACUGCAAGACCCAGUAGUGGACCCCUGAGCCUGCACCUCUGGCAUGAAGGGGGGCGCUGUUUCCAUCAGCAGGCAAGACUUUGCAGCCUGGGCCUUUCCUACACAAGGGGCGGCCUCUUCUCAUCCAGGCUCUGCAAAAACUGGACCACGGGGCACUCCUGGCCCCAGCCAUGCCUUAUCUCCUGAGUAAAGUCAUUCUGAGUCACUG